AUGUCGCUUUUGAUCACUCUUUCUGCCACCAUUGCCAUCACCACCACCAUCACCAUCACCACCAUGACCAUCCCCAUUGGUGCCCACAGGCUCGUGUCGUCCAACCAGUUCACAGGAGCAGUUCCCAUGCCAGCCUCCAAGGGCCUGGCCACUGUGGACGUGCAGAGCAACUAUUUCUCCUCUGCCCCCACCCGCCCCAAGAACUGCUCCGCUGUGCGCCUCUGGCUCUUUGACAACUGCCUGCCCUCCACCACCACCACCCUGUGUGGGCUCACCCAUGAGCAGCGCAGCAAGGAGAGCUGCGCUGCAUUCUGUGGGGUGGGGCAGGGCGGGGAGCUAUGCAUUGACCCCGUGGUGGUCUCUUCUACCGCCACCCCAAUAGUGCUGAGUGGCUCGGCGCUGACCUCUGCUGGCGGCGCGCUGCUGCUGACCCCCAAGGCCAACGCCACCUGGGGCACGGCCUUCACAGCCGCGCCUCUCCCCCUCUUCUCCUACUUCAACACCAAGGCCACAUGCGGUUACCAGCUCGCCUUCAACGUAUCUCUUGCCUUCUCUCUCGACCCGGAAGCGGAGGCGGGCGGGGAUGGGCUCGUGUUUGUCGUUGCUGCGGCGCUGCCAGACCGGCUGGGUGGGGUGGGGAAGCGGAGUGUGGCGGUGGAGUUUGACUCGGUGCUGAGUGUGAAGCACAGCGACCCCAACGACAACCACGUGGGCGUCAAUGUGGGCGGCUCACCUGUGUCCCUCACCUCUGCCACGGCCCCUCUCAUCCUCAACGACGCCCACACCAAGCACGCCUCGAUCCACUACGACCCCACCAGCGGCGGCACCCUCCGAGUCUUCCUUUCCUCCGACCCCGACCAGCCCCCCACCCCCAUCUUGCGAGCUCGAGUGUCGCUCUGCUCCAUCCUGCAGCCCAAGGCGUCAGCUGCUGCAUUCUACGUCGGCUUCACAGCGUCGUCUACCGCUGCCCCACAAGCACACUCCAUCCUCAGCUGGACCUUCACUGCAGGUGUGUGCCUCUCAGACCUGGCGUUGGGGUUUGUGUUGGAUGAGGACUCCUUCUCAUCACGGGGCUUCAAUGCUGCCUUCCACUACGCCAGUGCGGGCUUUGACCCCGCGCAGGACAACAGCCCCGCGUGGACUGUCAAGUCCUACAGCACCUGGGUCCUGCCUGAAUCCGCCUGGCCUGUCAAGAACCAACGGGGCUGUGGUGACUGCUGGGCAUACGUAGUGGUGGCAGCGGUGGAGGCAGCCCACAGGAUCGCGAGCAACUGGGCGCAGCCCCCCGUACUGUCGGUGGAGCAUCUGCGCCUCGCCCUCUCCUCCAACUGCGACGGUGGCUCGCCCACCAAGGCGCUGCAGUUCCUCCUCAACGCCACUGCCCAGGGCAAGGGGCUGCUGGAGGACGCAGUGUACUCGCAAGGCCCCCCCCUCAAGUGGAGAUCGUUGGUGCGGCAGCGCAGCCGAGCAGCAGCGCAGCCGAGCAGCAGCGUAGCCGCGAAGCCGAGCAGCCGUGUAGCCGCGAAGCCGAGCAGCAGCGCAGCCGAGAAGCUGAGGGUGGUGUGUGGGGGGGUGUGUGGGAAUAGGACUAGUAGCCGCCCUCUCCCUGACCCACCCUCCCUCGUGUGGGCAGACUUUGAUGCGCCUCCUGACCUCUCGCCUGCUCCGGCCCCUUCACCCCCUACCCCUCCUGCCACCGCACCGUCACCCUCUGCGGUCUCUGACCCGCCCUCACCGGUGUCUUCGGCAGCUGCUCCUCCAUCCCCCUCACUUUCCACUCCACCGACUGUGCAGCAACCCCCGAGCGCACCUAUCACCUACCAUCGGCGGUCCCACCCUCCGGCCCCACCUCCUCCCCCGGUUCCCCCCACCACAGAGGAACCCGCUCUCCCACAGUCGCCCGAGCUGAUCACGUACCACCGGCGGCCCAUUCCCCCGCCCAAGCCUCCUAAGUCAACCCCUCCGACACCGCCUGCCCCACCCUCCUCUCCGGUGGCUCAUGGCACUCGUUCGCAUGGCGCGGCUCUUCCACUAGCGCUGGUCCUUCAAUACACGGCGAUCACACCGCCUCCUCCUACUGGGGGGGAUGUGCCCUCUACCCUUGUGGAAGACAGGCAUGAGGAGCUUAUUCCACCUCCCUGCCUACAGGCGAGCACCAAGUACUAUGGCAUCCGCGGCAUCGAGCGCACGGGGUUCUACGGGUGGUUUGGGCUCAUGCUGGCAGUGCAGCAGCAGCCUGUCAUUGUGCACAUCGAGGCGUCCGCACCCUCCUUCCAAGACUACGAUGGGAGAGGCAAGUACGCGGACGAGGAGUGUUUCAGCAACCACCUGAACCACGUGGUGCUGGUGGUGGGCUACCUCUCUGCGGGCUCCGACCCCUCCACCUCCGUGCUGGCGCCCUUCUGGAUCAUCCGCAACUCAUGGGGCACAGGCUUGGGCGACCAGGGCCACAUGCGCAUGGACAUUCGCAGUGGCGACGGCAUCUGCGGCAUCAACACUCUCCCGGGCCUCUUCCCUGUUGUUAGAA